AUGGGUAGCGUGACGAGCCACUGCAUUCGGUAUCAGCUGGUCACUCGGACGGCUGGGGGAUUAAAAAUAUCCGGAUGUGAAGAUACAUGGUCAUCAACAUGGGAGUUCGACACUGCCUCCACUUCAGCUGGAUUAAACCGCAGCCUUCACAUUUUCAACCAUCCCAGGCUGUACCUCAUGACAGGAAUUUCACAUUUGAUCCUCUUAGUUCAUGGAAGGGGAGUUUGCCCCCUGCUUCCCGAGUGCCGAUCAACCCUGAGGAGAUCGGAACAGCGGUUUGAAGAGAUCAAACACAUCAGCGGCGGAUGA